GCAGCCUAUCGCAUAUUUAUUUAUAGCACAAAUUUUUUAGUUUUCUUUUUGUUUAAAUAUAAACAUAUACAUAACAACUUAUUAGCAAAUUAAUUAUAAAAAAAAAUCGUUUUUUUUAAUACGAAAACCCUGGAUAAAAGACUGCAACACGCAUUACAGUUUCCCAUCCCAACCAUCCAACGUAUUUUGAUCCCGUCAUCAUCGUCAGUGCGAAAAUGUUGAACAUACGUAACAUCUGCUCCCUGGCCAACAAUAAUGCCGCUCUAAUCGCUAUCAGAUCAAUCUCAACGACAGCCAACUGUCGGGACUCGGAAUCAUGGUUCUCCAAGCUGUUGGUGCGCAAAAUUGAACCCACCAAGGAGUCGCACAGUCGGAUGCUCAGCGACAAGGAAAUCAUUUAUGCCCUCCACACUCAUAAUGUGCGUCCCGAUUCCAUGGGCGCCUACCUGAACAACUACAAGAACACUGUUGGUCUGAUCAAUGACAAAAAGUCGAGUUUGUCGUGCAAUUUGGUUGCCUCAUGGACUGUCCAAGUGGGCGAUAUGGAUCAGUGUCUGCAUUUAUGGAAAUACACUGGAGGCUUUGAGAAGAUCGAUCAGGCCAAGGAGGAUCUGUGGAAUGAUCCCGAGUAUCUCAAGCUGAUGAACGAACGUUCGAAAUUCUUGCGUUCCCGCCAUCUCCAAUAUCUUUUGGCCUUCAGCUAUUGGCCACAAAUCGAGAGUCGCGAAGGCAAAAACAUUUACGAAAUGCGUUCUUACCGCUUGACGCCGGGAACGAUGAUCGAGUGGGGCAACAAUUGGGCGCGUGCGAUCAAUUUCCGUAAGCACAACAACGAGGCAUUUGCUGGAUUCUUCUCACAGAUCGGACGUCUCUAUAACGUGCAUCACAUUUGGUGCUACAAAUCGCUGCAGGAUCGCAAGGAGACCAGAGAGGCUGCUUGGCGUUCUCCUGGCUGGGAUGAAUGCGUCGCUUACACUGUGCCCCUCAUCCGUGAGAUGCACUGUCGCGUCCUUGCCCCCACCGAGUUCUCGCCCUCACAAUAGAGCGAGAGAGAGAGAGGGAGACAGAGUGAGGGAGAGAGGAGAUGUGUCGUCAAGCUGAUAUGUGGAACUGUAGAUCGGCUCUAAACUAGAUUGCUUGUAAAUAAUGACAGCAUUUUUACCGAUGCUCACACACACACCCACACACGAACACACACACAAACAACCAUUUAUAUAUAUACCUUGUAAUUUCUUAAGAUACAAACACAACACAACAAAAAAAAAGUGCAUUUGUUUUCGAGCGUUUUACAUUUGUUUCCAAAAGAGAGAAAAAAUGAAAAAAAUCAGCAAACUAAAAGUGAAAUUAAAAAAAAAAACACACACACACAUGUUAACGUUAUAUUAUAUACUACUAUAUUAUCUACGAGAAUAAAUCGUAAAUGAAUUUGCAAA